AAUCUUGCUUACAUUCAGUAUGUAACGAAACGCCGCGGAGUGAGUGUUCCUCAGUGGCGCUCGUCGUCAGAGCUAUCGCAAACUGAUCUCGCAGUGAUUUUUUCCUUACAAGAUAGCAAAAUGCUAUGGCCAUUACUGCUCCUGUUUUUCACUUCUGUUUCCCGAGGGAGUGAAAUUGCAGAGGAGUGCUCUGAGAACGAGAUGAUACUCCAGUGUCCACCAGAGAGCGGCGAGAUUGCGAUCAGCGAAGCGUGGCUCUACGGCGAGAGCGCCAAGCCUUUGACCACCGACUAUGCCUACGAAGACGACAGGUGUCGGGUACGGGAGCCCAUGAUCCAGUACAAGAAAGGGUCGAUUUUGCAGUAUAUCAACAAGCAAUGUGGAGGUCUGUCCAACUGUAGCUUCAGUGUGUGGGACCACGUCCCAGGUGCCGAUACAAAUCAAGAGAUUUGGCAGAAGGGUGUCCUCAGGGCUGUCUACCACUGCAAGAAGAAAUCUGAGUUUUACCGCACCUGUGGCACGGAGUUGUGGGCCCAGAGCGGAUGGAUCCAGAAUGUUGGGUACCCUGAGUAUUACCUGGGGGACGAAGGCCCCUGUACCAUCACCGUCAGUGUGGACGAGGGUCAGCACAUCCAGCUGACCAUAACUGACCUUAGUAUCAGAGAUAUGAGUCAGCCGAUAGAGGAGAGCUGCAAAGACAGCUUGACAGUGUUUGAAGGAAGCAAACAGCUGUUGAACCGCUGCGGAGAAAUCAACCAGCCCCUGAUCAUUACAUCGGAGGGAUCUUCACUAAACAUUACACUAAAUGCCAGUACGAAACUCUUUCCCAAGCGGGGCUAUUUGGCACAUUUCCAAGCUCUUGGAUGUGAAUCUCCAGAAAUGCCACAAGAUGGAUACCGAGCAUUUAGAAAUUCCACAUAUGCUGAAUACUGGUGCUGCAUUCAUCAUGUGUUUCCUGACACCCUGUCACGACGACGAGUUUUAAAAUGUAAUCGAGCACAUUCGUGGAACGACACCCUUCCUGACUGUGUUGAUCUUGAAGAGUUGCUCAACACUGGGAACAUAACAGAGACUCAGUAUCUCAGUCUCUCAAAUGGAACUACUAGCACAGCUCAUGCGGAGAUGUUUCAGCAAGCCCACUUUGUCUAUGAUCUGAUCGUGCCAACCGUAAUUAUGACUGUGCUUGUUCUUGGUAACGUGGCCAUUGUAAUUCUGAUUAUCUACUGCCGCAGAGGAAUCAUCGAAGAUAAUGCCCACAGCGAAGAACUUGAAUCUAUCAAAGCCAAUCCUGAACCAACUGAUGUCUUGGAUACUGCUCCUUGCAGUGUAUAAAGAUUAUUCAUAAAAUAGGCUAGAGCAGCUUUUAUAAAUUUGUGGCCUUGUACCAAGGCUCAUCAAGAGAAGAAUGACUCAUAAGGCAUUCAACUGGAAGGAAAGGAAAAGAAGGCAUUGAAAAUUUCUUAUACAAGUCAGAUGGAAAUUGUGCUUUUAUGUGGAAAUGUCUUGCUUCAAGUUGCUUUAGUUCUUGAUGUUAUAAAAGUUAUUUCUUCUUUGCUGUGAAAACUGCCAGUGCUUGUCAAAUGAUUAUGAGUUUACAUAAAAAAAAAGAUGUACAUGAUAGCCUUUGUUGCAUUAAGAAGCACUGAAAUAUUCUUCAAAAGGCUAAAACAUUUGUACAUUUGCCAACUGGAAAUCUAUCCUGAAUGCAGUAAAUACAAUAGAUAUUGUUUUUUAAUCAGUAAAACAGUGAAUUUUUCAAAUACUCAGGCUACCAUCUCACCAAAAACUGGAAUGUAAUCAGUAUUUACAUAUCAGGAAUUUCAUGCAACACUUAAAAUAUUUCUUAGAGAAAACUUGAAACAGCUGACCUCACCUCACUCUCAACCCAACUCUUGUGCUAGUAAAAUUUUAACCAGCGAUCAUAGUAGGAGAUUCAUGGACAAUGACACCAUGUGGUACUAAAAAUCUGAAUUACCAGAUGUGUGCUAGGGUCAGAAUUACCUUUCAUAGAAUUUUUAGUUUACAAUCAGUAAAUUCUUCCAGAAUAGACUAUGCAAAACAUAAAAUGUAAUCAGACCACCAGUAUAUUUCCAAUUUCUCGUGUCCUUGGUCCUUAAUGAAGCAAACCUCAUUCUCUUUGGUUCUAGAGUGGAUUACGUUGUUCCCUACCUACUAUGAAUACAUCAGACUGGAUAAACCUCACCCCACAACCACCACUCUGUUCUGUUUGUAUUCUGUGAAUGCAGUUCGGAAGCUUUUAACGAAGGAGUUGUAUGUCUCGAAGUCUUUCUGAGUGGGACGUCACGUGAAUAUGAAAACUCCAAAACGACAACAACAGUUUUAGUACAUCUCUUUGUUGUCUAGCUGAGAAAAAACGUCAACACUAAAAUAUUACUACAAAUAUUUGCAUUUGUAAGAAAAUGACAAUAGUAUCAGUUUUCCAAAGUUUCAUUGGGUACCUAAUAUGAAUUCUUCCUAUUGGCACUCGCCUGCAUUAAUAGAAAUAUUUAUGGAAAAAACAAAUGCCUCAUUAUACAUUAUAUACAACAUUCAAUUCAACACUACCCCUGAAGUCUAGCCUUAUGAUAAAGUGAUAUGUACGCUGAAAACUCAAUUUCAUAAGUCUAACACAACAAAACUUCUUUGCAGUCACACUGUCAUUCUCACUUUCUUUUAAAUUAGACUUGACAAAUGUGUAACCAAUACUUACAGGAUCGCACUUCUGACACCCAGGACCUGACCUACCUAUGUUAAAGCAUUUAGGAAUUAAAAAAACUGUUGACUUGCCCAAAUCCCUUCAAAUAUACCAAUAUGAUAAAAUCUCAGUAGUACUAUGGUCCCCUUGAACAUCAUACUUUACAAAAACCCUGAGUCCUCUUCCUUGAUACUCAGCGAGCAUGAGUGUUCUCUUGUUGUUAUUGGGCAUAGAAAAUACUACAUAAAGUUAGACCAUAUUUCCAAAAUUGUAGAUAAGGUCCUUUUCUGUUUGCUGUAGGUGUAAUUUCAGAGCAGAAAUCAUUGAAUACUUAAUGGAAAGUUAUCCAGGAUUUUACAAAGCAAGAACACAUCAGCUGCAGUACUUAGGCACAUCAAACCACAACCUAAAUGGAGCUUUUCCUCUAAAAUAUGCUUAGUUAUUGUAAAAACAUAUGGUUUUUGUGUUCCUGAUUAAGAGGAUAGCGGGUAACCUUCAUAUACUGCUGUAUUCGUGACAGAGAUACAGGGAGGAUUGUGUGUGGGUAAAUUAUGUCAUUUGUGACAAAAGAAUAUAUGUAUUAGUAAAAUACGGGCUUUGCGUUUCCUACCCAGUAUUAGGUAGCUAAUUUAAGUGUUAGACAUUGAGGAAAAAAGCGAUUUUUUCCUUGAUUUAUUUUACUUUAAUUGGAAAAUUGGUGCAUUCCCAGCAAGACUUACAGUUUUUGGAAUGAAUGGAGUCUCUUGUUCAGUCUUUUAUAUUUGACCUAGUCACUUGAGCCUUUCAAGAAUAUCUUAUCAGAGACUUCAGUGUAAAAUAUUGUAUAGUAUCUCUAUUUAAAUGAUAUGUGCUGUGUCAAGUUUUGAAGAUGAAUAGUGCCUACUACCUGUAUAUUGUACAACACAAUUUCUCAAAGUUUUAUUUUAUGAUAUGUACAGUGCAUUCAUUAAAAGCAUCUUCUGUAACUGUAGAUCUACAGUUUGAGAGACUUAGACAUUUUAUACUUGAUAUACUUUCAUGUCAUUUUGGUAUGAAAUGGUUCUGUGCUUCUGUGUAAAAUAUGUCUUUUUAAGUUUCUGGUAGGCAGUAAAAUACAUACCAGUAAUUUUAUUUAUAGCAAUACUAUAUUCUCCUGUCUAUUCAAAUCGCGUGUAAGAGGUGUACAUAGAAAUGAAAGGUAUGUUCAUAAAAACAAAUCUCUUGUUUUAAAUGUUUAUCUGGUACUAAUUAAGAAUGAGGCUGGCAGUGAAGGAAUGUCAUUCAAAGAAGAGUGCAGUAGCUAUGGCAGAUUCACAUCAACCGUGCAAUUGAUGUCUAGGCCAGUCCCUUACGACGCUCCUGAUUGGCUUUGAUAAGCCCUUCACAGGGCUGGAAACUCUCAGUCUCUCGAGAGAGUUCACAUAGGCAGGAUGUAUGUCCCACCUCUCCUGAAAGACGUAUCCCUAGGGAGGGGUGGAGCAUAGAUCUUACCCAUGUGAACUCUCGAGAGAGACUGAGAGUUUCCAGCCCUGAUUGGCUUAUCAACAGCCAAUCAAGAGCGUCGUAAGGGACUGGCCUAGACAUCAAAUGCACGGUUGAUGUGAUUCUACUAUAUAUAGCUGGUUUAUCUUCAUCACCAGUAUUUUACAAUUUUGGUGAAAAGAGGCCGAAUAUAAUUGGCUUGCUUUACAUCAUCAUUUUCCCUAUUUCCCUGUUUUCAAUUGUAUAACUAUGCAUAUUUAAAACCACUGCAUAUUAUACUCUUUUACAUGUCAAAUAAUAUAAAGUGUUCAAGUUAAAAAAAAAACUAAUUUCACAGCAGAUUAGUGACUAGCCAUAGUUUCAGCUAAGCAAUGGCAAAUAUUACUUAGUAAGAUUACUCUUCCUUAUAUUUGCACAUAUAUCCAUGUAAUUUCACAUUAAUCUCAUUACUUAAUUACCUCUGGAACAGAUUUUCACAAUGCUAGCCUCAUUAUCUUUUAGUAUCAGCAAUAGGCAUGAAGUACAGUAUAACUGUGGUUUACAUAUACUUUAUUGUAUUGUUUUAAAAAGUUAUAUUUUCUUUUAUGUUUAGAUAAAAUUAAGUCAUAUGAUAAGUUUAUAAGUUUGUAAAUUGUAUUUAUUUAAUUUUAAUAUCUUUUAAAUGAUCUCAAAUAAAAUGUAAAUGCUA